AGAGAGAGGAGAGAGAGGAGAGGGAGAAGGAGAGGGGGCAGAGGAGAAGGGAAAGAGGGAGAGCAUGCGAGACGGGAAGGAGCGCCUGGAGUCUCCGAAGCACGAAAGAGAGAACCGAUUAGGAAUUUGUCGGGCAACAGUCACCCGGGAAAGCAGCCAGAGAAUUACCAACACCCCAACUCUGACGUUUCCUACCAGAAGUUAGAGACUUAAGCAGUAUUGACAUCAGAUGGAAAUGGUAUGCUCGAUGCUGUGGGAAAUACUCCUGAGCUGAAGAAGUGCAACUGGAUGUUGUGUGUGUUAAAUACCAGAAGAGCCCAGACCCAGUGGGUAAUAGAGACGAAAUGUGGAGAGAAUGACUAACGACAAAUCUGUGAAUUUGUUCUCGGGAGUUGCUAAUUUGCCAGCCUGAAGCCACACAUUUUUACAAGGAGAAAACGUUUUGCUGCUUCUGAUUUCUCCCCAAACUGGUGCUACCAGAUGCAUGGCUUUCUAUGUGUUGGAACAAAUCAUUCCUAACUGCAGCAUAUCAGGAAAGGGGAAAGGUUGAGGCAACUAACUGGCUGUCUCCAAAUAAGCGAUGAGAUGUAAUGCAUCCUCCAGUCCAUGCACACUUCCUCUUGCAAUCCGUGCAUCCCUCAGUGGAAACCUUUAAGCCCUAAAAUCCAGGAAAAGAAAAUAAAUACAUUAUCAUGGACCUGAGGGAUUUUUACCUGUUGGCUGCUCUGAUUGCCUGUUUAAGGCUGGAUUCCGCAAUAGCUCAAGAACUUAUUUACACUAUUAGAGAGGAAUUGCCUGAAAAUGUGCCCAUAGGAAACAUACCAAAGGAUCUGAACAUUUCUCACAUCAAUGCUGCCACAGGGACGAGUGCCAGCCUUGUCUACAGACUGGUUUCUAAAGCUGGGGAUGCCCCUUUGGUGAAAGUAUCCAGCAGCACUGGGGAAAUUUUCACAACCUCCAAUAGAAUAGACAGAGAAAAACUCUGUGCUGGAGCUUCUUAUGCUGAGGAGAAUGAGUGCUUCUUUGAACUUGAGGUGGUGAUCCUCCCCAAUGACUUUUUCAGGCUGAUCAAAAUAAAGAUAAUUGUCAAGGAUACCAAUGAUAAUGCCCCCAUGUUUCCAUCUCCUGUCAUCAAUAUUUCCAUUCCAGAAAACACUUUGAUCAACAGCCGCUUUCCAAUUCCAUCAGCAACAGAUCCUGACACAGGCUUCAAUGGUGUACAGCAUUAUGAAUUGCUAAAUGGGCAGAGUGUUUUUGGACUGGAUAUCGUGGAAACUCCGGAGGGAGAGAAGUGGCCACAAUUGAUUGUUCAGCAAAACUUGGAUAGAGAACAGAAAGAUACCUAUGUGAUGAAAAUCAAAGUGGAGGAUGGAGGCACUCCACAGAAAUCCAGCACAGCCAUACUGCAGGUCACAGUAAGUGAUGUAAAUGACAACAGGCCAGUGUUUAAAGAGGGUCAAGUGGAGGUGCAUAUUCCAGAGAAUGCUCCUGUAGGUACCUCUGUAAUUCAGCUCCAUGCCACUGAUGCAGAUAUAGGCAGCAAUGCUGAAAUCCGGUACAUUUUUGGUGCCCAGGUCGCCCCUGCAACCAAAAGACUCUUUGCUUUAAAUAAUACUACCGGGCUGAUUACAGUUCAGAGGUCUUUAGAUAGAGAAGAAACAGCCAUUCACAAAGUGACAGUGCUGGCUAGUGAUGGCAGCUCCACUCCUGCUCGAGCAACGGUUACCAUCAAUGUCACUGAUGUAAAUGAUAACCCUCCAAACAUAGACCUCAGGUACAUUAUAAGUCCCAUCAAUGGCACUGUGUAUUUAUCUGAGAAAGAUCCUGUCAAUACAAAGAUUGCCCUAAUUACAGUUUCUGAUAAGGACACAGAUGUGAAUGGCAAAGUGAUCUGUUUUAUUGAAAGAGAGGUCCCCUUUCACUUGAAGGCAGUCUAUGACAACCAAUAUUUGUUAGAGACCUCUUCUUUGUUGGACUAUGAGGGCACCAAAGAAUUCAGCUUUAAAAUUGUUGCCUCUGAUUCUGGGAAGCCCAGUUUAAAUCAGACUGCCCUGGUAAGGGUUAAGCUUGAGGAUGAAAAUGACAACCCACCAAUUUUCAACCAGCCUGUAAUUGAGCUGUCAGUUUCUGAAAACAACCGACGUGGGUUAUACUUAACAACUAUUAGUGCCACAGAUGAAGACAGUGGGAAAAAUGCAGACAUUGUUUAUCAGCUUGGACCGAAUGCCUCCUUCUUUGAUCUGGACCGAAAGACAGGAGUUUUGACAGCCUCCAGGGUCUUUGACAGAGAAGAACAAGAACGAUUCAUUUUUACAGUAACUGCCAGGGACAAUGGGACCCCUCCCCUCCAAAGCCAAGCGGCUGUGAUAGUUACUGUUCUGGAUGAGAAUGACAAUAGCCCCAAGUUUACUCAUAAUCACUUUCAAUUUUUUGUGUCUGAGAAUCUGCCAAAGUAUAGUACUGUGGGGGUAAUCACAGUGACAGAUGCAGAUGCUGGAGAGAAUAAAGCUGUGACUCUUUCCAUUCUAAAUGACAAUGAUAAUUUUGUGCUGGAUCCUUAUUCUGGAGUCAUAAAGUCAAACGUCUCAUUUGAUAGAGAACAGCAGAGUUCCUACACUUUUGACGUCAAAGCCACUGAUGGAGGACAACCACCUCGUUCCUCUACUGCAAAAGUAACUAUCAACGUCAUGGAUGUGAAUGACAACAGUCCAGUUGUCAUCUCUCCACCAUCUAACACUUCCUUUAAGUUGGUGCCCCUCUCAGCCAUCCCUGGCUCCGUGGUAGCAGAAGUUUUUGCAGUGGAUAUUGAUACUGGAAUGAAUGCAGAACUUAAGUAUACAAUAGUGAGUGGGAACAACAAAGGCUUAUUUCGGAUCGAUCCUGUAACAGGUAACAUCACCCUAGAAGAAAAGCCGGCAACUACCGAUGUGGGCUUACACCGUUUGGUGGUCAACAUUAGUGAUCUGGGGUACCCCAAGUCUUUGCACACACUUGUGCUGGUAUUUCUUUAUGUUAAUGACACUGCUGGAAAUGCCUCCUAUAUCUAUGACUUGAUCCGCAGGACUAUGGAGACCCCACUGGACAGGAACAUAGGGGAUAGCAGCCAGCCCUAUCAAAACGAAGACUAUCUCACCAUCAUGAUUGCCAUCGUCGCAGGGGCCAUGGUGGUCAUUGUUGUAAUUUUUGUCACUGUUCUGGUGCGCUGUCGCCAUGCGUCCAGGUUCAAAGCAGCUCAGAGGAGCAAGCAAGGUGCUGAAUGGAUGUCCCCAAACCAGGAGAAUAAACAAAACAAGAAAAAGAAAAGGAAGAAAAGAAAGUCUCCCAAGAGCUCUCUUUUGAACUUUGUUACUAUCGAAGAGUCCAAACCUGAUGAUGCAGUUCAUGAACCUAUCAAUGGGACAAUAAGCCUGCCAGCUGAGCUUGAGGAGCAAAGUAUAGGAAGAUUUGACUGGGGCCCAGCACCUCCAACAACCUUCAAGCCUAACAGCCCUGACCUGGCCAAGCACUACAAAUCUGCCUCUCCACAGCCUGCUUUUCAUCUCAAACCAGACACUCCAGUUUCCGUGAAAAAGCACCAUGUGAUUCAGGAGCUCCCUUUGGACAACACCUUUGUCGGGGGUUGUGACACCCUUUCCAAACGCUCUUCCACUAGUUCAGAUCACUUCAGUGCCUCAGAGUGCAGUUCCCAAGGAGGCUUCAAGACAAAGGGCCCCUUACACACCAGACAGAUUCCAAUUGGAUUCAAACCCAUCUCCUGGCUACUCAAUUAUGAAAAGCAAGUAAACCAAGUAGCAAAUGCAAAACACUGGAAAUGAAAGAUUCAAUGAAGUGCCACAGCUUAAGGAUCUAUUUGGCGUUUUACUCUUCUGAGAAUGGAGUCUCUUCAUGGUAUAAUAUUCCAGUGUUUGACUUUCUUUGCACAUCCCUUUUUCUAUAACUUUUUCAUAGAUGAGUGUUUUGGUCAACUUUUUCACUGUUAUGACCAAAAUACCUGAGAAGAACAAGAUUAGAGGAGGAAAACUUUAUUUGGGGGCUCAAGGUCUCAGAAUUCUCAGUCUGCAGAUGGCUAGCUUCAUGACUCUGGGCCUGAGAUGAGGCAGAAGAACAUCAUCACAGAAGUGUAUGGCAGAAGAAAGCAGCUGGGAACAUGGAACCAGGAAGCAGACAGAAAGCUCUGCUCAUAGAGGACAAAAUUCAAACCCAAAGCACACACCCAGUGACCCACCUCCACCAGGCAUACCCUAUUUACCUACAGUUUCCACCCAGUUAAUCUCUACCAGGUGAUUAAUGCCCUGAUUAGGUUAAAGCUCUCAUUUCACAGUAAGCUUCUUGUAUUAUCUCAUACAGGAGCUUUUGGGAGACAUCUCAUAUCUAAACCAAUAAUUCACAUGUAAAAUAGGUCUGCUUAUAAUUGAUGAGGUUUUUCUUUGGCAAUAUCUGUAGUACUUAUGAAGUUGUUUUGACUCAAUCUCUUUUGCACCUUUGAUCAAAUACCUGAAGACAACUACUUCUAACCCUGUCUACUCUAAUGUGGACCCAGGAGAGUGACACAUGCCUUCUUUAACACAUUAAAACCCAUUAAGACAGCAAGCUUUAUUCAUCAAAGAUUCUUUCCAUUAUCCCCUUUUCUAGUGGAACAAUGUUAUCUAAUGUAUAUGAAGUAAUUACUUGCUUUACAAUUUUUUUAAGAGAGAGAAUUUUUUAAUAUUUAUUUUUUAGUUUUCGGUGGACACAACAUCUUUAUUUUAUUUUUAUAUGGUGCUGAGGAUUGAACCCAGCACCCCGCACAUGCCAGGUGAGCACAUUCCCAGUUGAGCCACAUUCCUAGCCCCUUUACAAUUUUUGUUAGCCAAAGACUUCUACAAAGUAUAGUCAAAAUUUUUGACUACCAUAAAAACGUUAUCCUUUCGUCCAUUAAAUUCUGUCCAAACAUAAAUAUGUGACAUUUUAGGCUAUCCAGUCUUAUGUUGAAAAUGUUUAUAUUACCUUGUUAACUUAAUUUCAAUAAUUCUUAAAUUGUGCAAAAGUAUAUCGAUUUCUAUUACUCCCUUUGAGAACUCUCUAAAGAAUUCCACUUAUUUUCUCAAUUUAUUCAAUAUCUAUUUAGCAUCAGGCAGUGUAACUGAUGUUGGGAACACAAUGGUGAUACCAAUGGAGCUUGUUUAAUGCCAUCUUGGUCCUCAAAGUCUAAUUUAGACCUUAAUUCACAUAAUUAAAAAAAUCACCAAAUCUGAUUUUUUUGGUUGCCUUUACAAUGCCCUUUUAAAAUGUCACACCAGUGGAGUAUUGGUAUAUAUGCCUUAACAUAUAUCACAGUAUUUCCAUUUUGGCUCUGUUUUAAAUUGUGUUAUUUAAAGAAAGAUAUACAUGGCAAUUUUUUUGUGUGUACUACAGCCAUGUCAACAUCAACACAAAUCAGUAUGUGAAAUGAAUAGAAGUAGAAAAAGAUAUACAGAGGUUUGUAUAUAGAGAGGUUUGUGUAUACAUAUACACACAAACACACACAUAUACAUUUAAAUGAACUUUCUAUAGCUGUUACAUUUUGGAGUGAUCAAUUCAAUAAAACAAUUGAAUAAGGUUUUGAUUAUUUUGCCAAGUGAUAACCUAUACAGAUGAACCUGUGAUAAAAGAAAAGGUAACUGUAACUAAAUAUAUGUGAUUUUGGAUAAUUUGAAAAUAAAUCAGCAAAGUUGUUGCAAUUUUAUAAGUUAAUGGAAUGUUACUAAUAUAAUUUGCAUUAGUGAUCUAUUUCCCUUUGAAAAAUAUUUUCUUCAUUCUAUACCAGGCCUUAAAAUGGUAAUGAAUGCUGCUACUUUCUGUUUUCUUAGGCGUUCAAUUAUAAAUUCUGCUAAUGUAGCAAUUGUAACAUCAAUGGAUAGAAUAUUAUGGCUUCUAAAGAAAAAUUAUUCAUAAUCUUAACUACUACUUCAUGUUAAAUCCAAAGAAGUAAAUAAUAAUGUGAGAGUGACCUUCAUUAUUUCUUGGGCUGAAUUUAAUUAACAGGAAACCAACUUUUUCCGUGUACACACUGUGGCCCUUUGAAAUUUGUUGGAGUGAUUGAAUUCCUGUCAUGAAUUCUUUAUAGGAUUUUCAAAAUAACUGGAGGAAAGAAUGUAGAUAAAACAAAUCAAGAUGUAUAACUUAUAUGGCAGUUAACAAAGCGCUCUGAUUCACAUGGGGUCCAAUGAUAUGCCCUUGCUUAAAAAUAUUUAAUUAUAUGUCACUUUCAAAAAUUAAAAAAAAAUUCCCGAUUAUUUUCUUUUAAACUGCUUUUUAAGAUGUCUAUAGAACAAUAACAAAAUUAUCACCUAAUUUUGACUGAUGACCAAAAGCUAUGUUUAAAAGUAGAUAUAUUUUGAAGUGAACAUGAGGUCAUCACAAGUGUUUAGAUCUCAGUUAAGUUACAGAAAUAUGAAGAUUGAUCUUUCUUGCCUGAAAGUCAAUUCACAAAGCUUUCAGAUAAUUUCUGCUAUUUUGUACUUUUAAUACUUUUAUUCUUAGUGCCAAAUUGCUUUCUAGUCAUUACCUUUGACCCUUGAACAACAUGAGUUUGAACUGUGAAGGUCGAUUUAUACUUGAACUUUUUUUUUUUUUUAGUUCAAUGACAAUUUGCAAAAACUCAUAGAACUGCCUACCCUAGAAAUGUUGAAAAGGGCAUGUCAUUACAGGACAAAAUAUAUGGAUAUAGUAGUCUAUUUUAUCACUAACUACCAUAAAACAUAAAACAAUCUACAGGCUUUGGGGUAUAUAUUUGUAUUUGGCAAGUGAAAAAUCUCUCUCUGCUUUCUGAUCAUCAUGUGAGUUGUUUUCUUGUAUCAUACUCUUUGGACUCACCUGGAGCCCCAAGGAAUGGAUCUGGCUAUCAAUGGAUUGAGAUCUCUGAAACCCUGAGUCCUCAAAUAAACUUUUCCUCCUUUACAGUUGUUCUGGUCAGGUCCUUUAAUCACAGCAACAACAACAACAACGAAAAACUUCCUAAAAUACUCAUAGAAGUGCAUAGCCUAGAAAUAUUGAAAAGGGCAUGUCAUUACAGGACAAAAUAUAUAGAUAGGGUAGUCUAUUUUAUCACUAACUACCAUAAAACAUAAAGCAAUCUACAAUUUACAUACACAAGAUCUUACCAUACAAGGGUAUAUGGCAUUAGUAGCAGUGCAGAGAAAUGUAAAGAGGCAGUAUGAAGUCAUAACUAAAUAAAAUUUAUUUUUGGACAUACUGUACUACUGUAAUAAUUUCCUGGCCUCCUCCUGUUGCCAUGUGGUGAGUUCAAGUGUUGUAUCUGCUUAUAACAUGGUGUGAUGCUAAUCAUCUCCACGGGAGCAGUUAGUCUCUCCAGUAAAUUGCAUAUUGCAGUAAAAAGGGAUCUCUCAGAAUUCUUGCAAUUUUUCAAUGCAUAUAAUACAUGUAAUAAACAAAACUUGCUAA